GGAAAGGAGCGAGUGUAGGAAUUGUCCAGAAAAUCAAUCACAGUUUAUCCUCUUUAAGAGGCAGAUCGUGAGCGAUGAAGGUUGUAACGGAAGGAUUAACGCAAAAAGGAACAGUGGAUGAGUCCACAUCGUGCUACGAGAAGAAAAAGACAAAUGAUUGUCCUAAUGACAAAAAGGAGACCGUCAUGCUAAAGAAAGAGGAGAUAACCACUGUAUGUAGUAACUGCGAGGAUGAUGGAUCUGGUAGUGAGGACGAGUCUAAUACCAACGUCAAAGUGGGGAGCAGUCUGAGAGGUGAAGGAGAUGAAGAGGACACAGUGGACACACUGACCACACAAAUCAUGAAAAUGAAAGUGUCUACAACAAGCCAGAAGGGUGACUCCCUCCAAAAGGUGACAGACCAGCUGUCCAUUAUGUCUGUACAUGAGGCCGAGAACAAGGAUGGGAGGAAGAGCCCUCAGUUACUGUCCCGGGGCCCAGAUGGGGGAAAACCCUCUGCCUACAGCCAUUUGAUGUAUGGACAGCAAGACUGGUCACUUGUACAGGCUGAUGUCCGCAUGAAGGCCCAGUCCGGUAAGAGAGGAUAUGAGGAUGAGAUUAAUCCCUACAAGUAUGUGCGAAAUGCUGAGCCAGUGGAGAAUGGGGACUACACGGACAUGUCCUUCAUGAAUGCCAUGUCAGAUGGAAUGACGCAGGGUUCCUCCAUGCCCCAGUCUGUCAUGACCCGGCCCCAGAUGACCUAUGGGAUGGCCCAGAGGCCCCUUCACAGGCCUAUGCCUCAGAACAACCUAAACCAGCCACAGACAUCGGAUUACCACGAUGUCAUGUCUAACUCCGUGCGCAAUGUGAUGUGUGGAGGUUCUGUGACUGUGAUGCCCUCAGAGGCCCAGCAGUCCCUGUUUAACCAAGACCUGGCGAAUCAAGGCACUGGCUGGGACCCUGAUGGCCUGCUUGCCUUACUUGACUCCCCAGAAGAUACCUUAACCCACCCUGCCUUUGAACAAAGCCCAUUUUCACAGAAGAGCGGACUGUACCCCCAGCAGGUACAGAACCAGUUCCUAAAGGAUGAGCAGAUCAAGACACAUCAGGUGAACGGCCUGGAGAAGUGCAAGCGCAAUCAUUCCGGGGAAGAUAGUGGCUAUGACAGCGAAGCCAGUCGGAUGUCCUCCAGUAACAGCCCCUACUCCCAAGAAAGUGUGUUUUCCCCAGAGCCUGUGUCGUCUCCCCAGACAGGUGGGCCAUCCAAACAGACGGCUUACGUGCCUCAGAUGGCUUACUCCUCCAACUCCAACAUGGGGUCACCAGCCACCAACAUGGCUGCCAUGCCUCUCGCGUCUGGCAUAGGAUCACCACACUCAAUUGAUAGCGGCAUCACAUCAGACCUUGGAAGUCCUGCUGGUAGCUACAUGUCUGCCAUGAGUCCUGCAGGGAGCCAUAUGUCUGCCAUGAGUCCUACAGGUAGCUACAUGUCUGCCAUGAGUCCUACGGGUAGUCAUAUGUCUGCCAUGAGUCCAGCUCAAGUCUACAGUGCUGACUCCCCGACUCCUAGUCCAGGAACAAUGGGGAACCUCCCAGCUGUUGAUGGUCAGACCCCAGACUCUAUCAUGUCUGAGCUGACCAAACCUAUCCCUCACUCACCCAUUGACCAUCUCAUGCCCCCUGGACAGUAUAUUGAUGAACACUUGGGUGAUCUCAAAGAUAUCUAUGAUGUCAUUGCUUCAGAUCUGAAGAAUCAACAACACAAGCGAAAUUCAGUAAAGGAGCCCGCUGACAGGGCUGCCAGUAGUAUGACAUCACAUGGCAAAGUCGGGGUGUCCCCUAAAGCACCUGAACCAGAACCCAAGAAGACCGUACCUGAGGUGAGCAAAGCCCCAGGGAUCCCUGCAACGAGCACCACAAUGACACCUGUGAUCCUCAAGCCUCUGACCACAGGUGCGCAGAUGACCCCAGUUCUGACCCAGCCUCCUCAGGUGAUACAGGUCGGCCAGGGAGGUAAGGUACCCGUCAUGGGACAGCAGAUCAUGUCUGGUCAGAACAUUGUCUGGGUUCCUGUAAACACUGCUCCACCAAUUAUUGUAGUCCGACAGACUCAACCAGCCAAUCAGAAGAAAGGUGGACCCUCCAGACCCAGGCCAAUCCUUCCCAAAAUGCCCAGCAUUUCUCCUGGCUCCAGUAAGGCAAGCACCUCUGUAUCUCCCUCCACAGGCAGGACUACCAUCAACUCCAGUCCUCAAACCAAACCACAGGUAAUUGCCAGUAACUCACCUGCUGGUAUCACUGCCCUGGCUUCACAGUCUGGCAGUCAGCAGGCAGGGAAAAUGGGAAGCUCUGUCUCCAACAAGACGGCUACCAGACCCAUGAGUUCUCAACAGCUGCAACAGCAACAACAACUACAAAUGCAGGCGCAUCAAGUUACACAAGCAGCAGCUCAAGGCAUGAUGAGGCAGCCAGGUAUGAAUGUACCUCACCACAUGAACCCUGCCAUGGACGGCUGUGCGCCCAACAAACUCAACCUUGCACGGCGUUACAUCGCAGAGAUGAAGAAGGAAGAUCUGCAUUUCCAGGACCAAGAUGGAGACACGUACUUGCAUGUGGCCAUCUGCCGCACUGACCCCUACCUGGUCAAGGCUAUUCUGGAGCGCUUGGUCAGAGAGAAUCUCAUCAAGGAACUCAUUGACAGACCUAACAAAAAAAGACAGACACCUCUGUACGUGGCUGUGGCAGACAACCAGCCUGUGAUGGUGCGGGAGCUGGUGCAGUGUGGUGCAGAGCCAGACUGUCUGGCAGAGUGCCAGUGGAACAAUGGGAUGAGGAAGGAAGUGAAGGCGGCCAUUCACUGUGCAGCUCAGGGAGGUCAGGCUUUCACGGCCACACUGGCUGAGCUACUCAAGGCCAGGGGCAUCAACCUCAACCUGGCCAACUCUGAAGGUCUGACAGCAGUUCACUGUGCCAUCCAGGAGCAUGGAAAGGUCCGCGGGGGUCAGGUGAUCAACAGUAUCCCUACCGUGGAGAUGCUGAUACGUGCCGGGGCUGAUCCCAAUGUACAGGACAAAAAGAGUGGCAAGACGCCGCUGAUGUAUGCGAUAGAAACCAAGGACUAUAACCUGGUGUUGACUAUGGUGAACUUGAUUGACAAGGACAAGCUGAGGCUGAUGUUGAAAACGCAGACAUUUGAUGGUAGCAACUGCAGCAAGAUCUGCUCAGGUCUGAGGGUGGAACCUGACGUAGAAGGCUGGAGGAAAAUCAACUCACUGAUUUUGUCCGUCAGUAAUGGAUCAGACUCGCGACUCUGCGACAACAUGCCCAUGAUACCCUCAUAGGGGAGAUAAACCUUCCUAUGGCACAGUACUCAUUCCGCCACAUGGGGAGACAACUCAACAUAAAUGAGGCCUCAAUUUCGGGGUUAAGGGUCUUGAAUAACACCAAAGCCUCUGGUGGUACACCAGAUUUGUGUCACACCAACUCUGUAUGACACCAUUGUCUGGACCUCCACCGCUGGAAAGAGAGAUGGAAGGACGCCAUGCACAUUUAUGACCUACCUGUUGUUUUGAUCUUGUUUUAAAUCCGAGUCCUCUGUGUUGCUAUACACAUGAAACAGAGAGAGAAAUAAACUUACGCUCUUGCUGGCCUAUUCAACAUGUUUUGGGACACCAGACGUUGUCAACAUGUACUACUCUCUUGUUGUUCCCCUGUGAAAUCAGCACAGAGAUAAGCUCUGGGCUAACUCGGGGAGCCUCCUAUGCCCCACCCCCAAUCACACACACACGCAAACACACACGCACACACACAAAUCUCGCUGAGACAUUCACCAUUGUUGUCAAAUCUUAUCACUCUUAUUUAUUAUCAGAUUUUGUGCUACUCUCAUGAUAUCCUGGAGGAGUCAUGCCGUGUUAUAUCCUAUGCUCCUCUAUUCUACACCAUACUUUUGUACAAAGUAGCAUUCUCAUGCUCUUAUGGUCUAACACACACAGUUUAUGUAUAUAUUUCUUCUCAUUCAGAAAUGGUUGAACCAGUAUGCGUGUGAACAUGGGAAUAAUGUCAUUCAUAAAUGCAUUCUCAUUUUUUGUUUUAAUUUUUGGCAUUUCCUAACCAUUUACAUGAAUUGUUAAGAUCAUAUUUACUCAUGUUUUUUUCAUAUGUAUUUAAUAGUGUUGAUCAUGCUCAUAAAUAUUUAUUUUUGUUACAUAUGUUAGAUUUGUCUUGUCUGCUACCUUGUCUGCUAUUGAAUACAGUGGCAUAAUGCAUUGUGAGUGUAGGUUGUCGAGGAGAGGACAUGCAUGGAUGUACAGAUACAGAUUGUGUGAUCAAGUCUUUGGUAGACCAGGCUUCAUGCGCAUUACAUUGAGCUGUUUAUCAGCUAAACUGUUUGAACUGUGGUGCUCUGAAUACAGAUAAUGUAUUGAAACAUAGUUUACUGCGAUGAAAUACAAAAUAACUACUGAUGGGAGGAAAUACUUCAAUAAGUGAUGUUUUUUUCUUUUAAAAAUAUUGGUAGUAGUAGUUAAAAUAGUUGGUAGAUAAGUACUGUAAUUGUUUUAGUCUGUUAAGAUUUGAAUAUUUUAACUAAUUGUUGAAACUUGAGUGUCUGUUAAUGGUCUGUUAAUGCUAAGAUUUGUGGAUUCCCUGUACAUGGUGUAACAUGCUGUGCAGACUCUGUGUUAUCUGGUCAGAUCUAGUUAGGUCCAGAUUGCCAGUCUUAUUUGGUCAGAUCUAGUC